AUGAAUACCGAGUAUUUGUUUCUUACAAUUCUGAAUUCUUGGCCAAAUCAUCCGCGAACUAGUCUUGAUAUAUUUCUCCAACCUCUUAUUGAGGAGUUAAAAGAGUUGUGGUCUGCUGGAGUUGAUGCGUACGAUGUGUCCUUGAGUCAAAAUUUUAAUCUAAAAGCAGCGCUGAUGUGGACGAUCAGCGAUUUCCUGGCAUAUGGCAUGUUAUCUGGAUGGACAACACAUGGUAAGUUGUCUUGUCCAGUUUGCAUGGACGAUACAAAGUCUUUUUAUCUACCUAAUGGAAGGAAGACAUGUUGGUUUGAUUGUCACCGGAGAUUUCUUCCCCAUGGUCAUCCUCUUAGGCGGAAUAAAAAAGACUUCUUAAAAGGUAAAGACGCUAUGAGAGAGUAUCCACCUGAGUCUUUGACCGGUGAGCAAAUUUACUCUGAGCGAUUGAGUGGUGUGAAUCCACCAAAAACGAAGGACGUCGGUGGAAAUGGUCAUGAAAAGAAGAUGCCGGGAUAUGGGAAGCAACACAACUGGCACAAAGAAAGCAUAUUGUGGCAGCUGCCAUACUGGAGGGACCUCAAUCUACGACAUAAUAUUGACGUGAUGCAUACAGAGAAGAAUUUUUUGGACAACAUCAUGUAUACUCUUAUGCGUGUGAAGGGUAAAUCAAAAGAUACCAUCAUGUCAAGAUUGGAUUUAGUGAAGUUCUGUUCUCGGCCACACUUACAUCUUGAUAGUAGGGGUAAAGCACCUUUCCCGGCAUAUGCAUUGACAGACGAAGCCAGAACAAGCUUAUUGGAAUGUGUGAAACACUCAAUUAAAUUCCCAGAUGGUUAUUCGUCAGACUUAGCUAGUUGUGUUGAUAUGGAAAAUGGAAAGUUUUCAGGCAUGAAGAGCCAUGAUUGCCAUGUUUUUAUGGAACGGUUACUUCCAUUUAUUUUUGCAGAACUGCUUCACAAGAAUGUCCACCUUGCUUUAUCAGGGGUUGGAGCAUUUUUUCGGGACUUAUGUUCUAGGACUUUGCAUACAAGUCGCCUUCAAAUUCUAAAACAGAAUAUAGUUCUCAUCCUAUGCAACUUGGAAAAGAUCUUUCCACCAUCCUUUUUUGAUGUGAUGGAGCACCUGCCUAUACAUCUCCCUUACGAAGCUGAAUUAGGAGGUCCUGUCCAAUAUAGGUGGAUGUAUCCUUUUGAAAGAUUUUUUAAAAAAUUGAAAGGAAAAGCAAAGAACAAAAGGUAUGCAGCAGGAUCAAUUGUUGAAUCAUAUAUCAAUGACGAGAUUGCAUACUUCUCAGAGCACUAUUUUGCCGAGAACAUACAAACAAAAUCAAGGUUAACAAGAUUUGAUGAAGGUGAAAACCCUGUAUAUCAUGUGCCUGGAGUGCCUUCUAUAUUUACUCACGUUGGCCGUCCAAGUGGGGAAAUGCAUGAAACAUGGCUCUCAAGCCGAGACUAUCAAUGCGCCCACGCAUAUGUUUUAAGAAAUUGUGACUAUUUCAAGCCAAUUGAGAGUAUGUUCGAGGAUUUUCUUUCAGCAAAAUAUCCAGGACUUCCCGAGAAGGAACUCUCCGCCAAAAGAGCAGACGAAUAUCAUUUAUGGGUUAAAGAAUAUGUUACUUACUGGAACGCCACAAAUCCAUUUCCUACUUGGGUUCAAGAGAUAGUGCAUGGACCUUUGAACAAGGUCAAAACAUGGCCAAUGUAUUUUACAAGAGGUUAUUUGUUUCAUACAGAGAAUCACGGCGCUGGACGUAAGACAUGUAACUAUGGGGUAUGUGCUAAGGGUGAAAAUUACACGGAUGAAUCUGAUGCAGCAGAUUUAUAUGGAACCAUAACUGAUAUCGUAGAGCUUCAAUAUGAGGGGAUGGUUAAUUUGAGAAUCACACUUUUUAAGUGCAAGUGGUAUGACCCUGUUAUCGGUAGAGGCACUCGGAUCAGCAAUGGUGGUGUCAUAGACGUACUUUCAACAAGAAAGUACAAUAAAUACAAACUAUUUAUUCUAGCCUCUCAAUCAGAACAAGUGUGUUAUAUUCCGUAUCCAUACAUUAAAAAACCGAAGCAAAUAUGGUUCAAUGUUCUAAAGGUGAAUCCAAGGGGCAACAUUUCUGGAGAAUAUGUCAACAGUUCAGAGACGACUCUUUUGCAAACCGAAAAUGAUGAUGUUGUAUUGAUGACUACAAUUGAAGAUAUUGUACUUGACAAUUUGGAAGAGGAAGUAGACCCAAUAAAUCUAGAUUACGGUGUUGAGGAUGUGGAACCUGAAGAUGAAUUCUUGUGUAAUUUAUCAUCUUCGGAUGAUGAAGAACCAGAUGAUGAAGAAUCCUCCUAA